AAUGCCGAACACCAUCCUCAAGUCAGAGACAAACACCAAGACUUUAACUGUAACACACAGUCUCUUACAAACAGGAUCUGACCACAGAUCAGACCCAAAGAGACUGGGGCCGGGGAGACUGGGCUGUCUUCCUGCUCCCGGCUCAGAGUACUUACCAGUAUUUCACCAGAGCCAGAGAACGGUUAAUUCCCGUGGGGAUGGUGAUGGUAACGCUUUAGACACUGGCGGUGAUGAUUCAUCUUGUUCUUACGCUACAGAGAUGGACCCUGGCUACAUAUCCUUGGGUUUCGAGACACAAACUGAUCUGUCUAGAGGGGACUGGAACCAGUACAGUAGUGGUAGUGUAUACUCUGAAGGGUGCCUAGAUAAGAAAGGGGAGAGUCUGGUCAUAGAUGAAGUGACUGUGAAAGUGGAGGGCGACGUUCCUCCCACAUGGAAUGCAAAUAGUCACCUAGGAGACGGAAACUCACAGAGCAGAGAUGUCUUAGAUUACAGGGAAAGCUUAGAGACAAAUCUAAAUGUCACGACCCACUCCCCUUUACACACGUUCAGGGAUUGUGACCCAGUGUCCACAUUGAUGGGGCCUUCCGAUUUACACAGCCGUGUCCUUUUCGAUCAGGUAUUGAACUCAAACGACAGGGCUAGAGCCCAGACUCAGGGAGGGGGAGCCACAUCAGGCAAUGGUAAAGAGAAACGGUUCCUCUGCAUGUUCUGUAACAAAGGCUUCAGCUGCCUCCAGAAUGUGGAGGUCCACCAAAGGAUCCACACAGGGGUGAAACCCUUCAGCUGUACCCAGUGUCACAUGCACUUUGCCCAGGCUGGCACUCUGAAGAGGCACCAGAGUGUUCACACAGGGGUGAAACCCUUCAGCUGUACCCAGUGUCACAUGCUCUUCGCCCAAGCUGGUGACCUGAAGAGGCACCAUAGGGUCCACACGGGUGAGAAACCCUACAGUUGCCCCCAGUGUGAGAAGAGAUUCACCCGCCAGCACCAGCUGAAGAUGCACAUGAAGGUACACACGGGAGAGAGGCCAUUUGCCUGUACGCACUGCGGGAAGAGAUUCUCAGAGAGGAGCUACCUCAGGAUACACCAGCAGAAAAAACAUUCCACUCAAUAGCUUCAGAUGUUUAGAUGUAUUAAAUAUAAAGAUUCAUUGUCAUUGUUGUCACCAGAAAAAGACUCACAGAUGCAUUUGGAAUAAUGAGACUAACAGAUUUCAGUGUUGAAUAUUUAUGGGUAGAAUACUGCAUCCAGACAUGAGUA